CCUCAAGUCCCAAGUGAAGUCCCACUCUUUGUCUUUUCUUCCCUUGCUUUUUCCCUUUUCCACCUCCUGCACCCCUCUGUCAAAACCCUAGAUUUGAAAAUCUAGGGUUUUUAUUUUUUCUUAAUGUGUUACAGUCAUAAUUUCGGAACUGCCAGCUUGCUACUCUCGCUUCUCUCUCCUCAAUCCAAGCCCUUGAUUUUUCUACAUUUCUCCGCUCACUAAAAAUCUGCCAUGCGCCUUCAAUGGUGGCUCUGCUUCAGCUCUUAAGCCACUUCCUUUUUCCUUUCUCUUCUUUUUCUUUUUCUUUCACUCACUCUCUCCCUCACUCUUUCUACUAGCGCAUUCGUAUUUCAUCCUUUUGAUGCUUCCUGUAUCUUCGCUUAAGUGACCUGGCAUUCACAUAAACAAAUAUCAGAACCUUGUCAAUUGGAAAAUAGUUAGAUCCCGUUCUCUUCUUUUGUUGUUUUCCGAUUAAAGAUCCAUCCUUUUUCGAACAUUUUGAAGCUUUUUUGUUCUUGACCACGCUCUUAAACCUCGUUUUGGUAUUUUCGUGUGGGUAAUUUAGCUGUUGAAUAGAUUCUAGUUUUGAAGAGGAUCUCUACAUUAACUUAGAUACCCUAAAAGCAAGCUGCAUUAAUAACAAAUCAUACAACUUUUUUUUUGUGGUAAAUGCAUGGAUGGGCGAGAAGCAAUGUCAUUCUCUGGCGGCCCUGCCUCAUUCUACAUACAUAGAGGAGGAGGAGGAGGAGGAGGAGGAGGAGGUGUUGGUGGUUCUCGAACACCAACACAGCCACAACCCGGAGGCUUCCAAGGACCUCCUGGGUUCCGGGCUGUCUCAAACGUGAGAGGUGCUGGUGGCCCUGGUCCUGCUGCUUCUGCAUUCUCACCAGAGCCUCAGCAUCCUAAUUUUGGUCAUGGAAUCAGCAUAGGUUCCUCCUCCCCUGGUGGUGGUGGUGGUGGUGGUGGUGGUAGUGGUGCACCUCCUCCAUCUUCAGGGGAGCCUGUAAAGAAGAAAAGAGGGAGGCCAAGAAAGUAUGGUCCUGGUGGACCUGUUUCUUUGAGGCUCUCUGCCACUGCUAAUUCAUCUCCUGGCUCCGGUACUCCCUUGGAAAAGAAGCGGCGCGGACGCCCCCCUGGAAGUGGAAGGAAGCAACAGCUAGCUUCUCUAGGUGAAUGGAUGAACAGUUCUGCAGGGAUGGCCUUCUCACCUCAUGUUAUAAGUGUUGAACCUGGGGAGGACAUUGUAGCCAAGUUAUUGUCAUUUGCACAGCAGAGACCAAGGGCUGUAUGCAUAAUGUCUGGUACUGGGAUAGUUUCUUCGGUCACUAUGCGUCAACCUGCUUCUAAUACUGUCAGUGUUACUUAUGAGGGACGAUUUCAAAUUUUAUGCUUGUCUGGUUCUUAUUUGGUUGCGGACGAUGGUGGAGCUCGUAGUAGAACAGGCGGCAUCAGUGUUUCCCUUUCUAGUCCUGAGGGUCAUGUUAUUGGUGGUGGCGUUGCUGUGCUUAUUGCCGCAACCCCAGUGCAGGUGGUAGUAUGCAGUUUUGUAUAUGGUGGCAGCUCCAAGGCAAAGCCUAAGCAAGUGACAAGCACAAAAGAUAGUGGUUCAGAGCCUCAAAGUAGCGACAAGUUAGCUUCUCCGGCAAGUGCACCUCCUCCUAAUCAAAACUACAACUCAUCUUCAUCUGCGGUAGCCAUUUGGCCUGGUUCGCAGCCGGCUGAUCUUAAAAGUGCACAUCCACACACUGGUAUUGACCUGACACGUGGAUGAACACAUUUUUAUUAUGGAAGAGAUGUUGCAGUUUUGUAUAUAAAUCUCUCUGUUGUAAAUCAACUUGAUUGUGAGCAUUUGUAACUAUGCUUAUGCUUGUUUCCCCUCACUGGGUAACAAGAUGGCACUAACAUAAUGCUGUAACAAAUGGCGGUGGAUAAUUUCUGGGGUUAGUUUAACAAUCUUGACUUGUUCAAAAAUUUCGGCUGAAAUUAAUUUCAGAACACAAUUAGGCUCUCAA